UCAUUAUGUGUCAAAAUUAAUAUUUAAUCAUUUAGAAGAUCACUAAAUAUUUCAUAUAUACACCAACAUAUAUGUUACCUAUUGGAUUUUGUCGAAUAGUUUUGCUCAGGCUCAUUUACUUUGCAUUGUUUUUGUAUAGGCUAUGAUUUUCUUUACCACGUCGUUAACUAUUUAUAAAUCACUACGAAAUUACAGUGCUGAAAAAAGAGAGGAAGCCGCGAUCAUCAUUAUGUCAUUUUAUCUAUUGUGACCUACUUGUGCGAUAGUACAAGGCCUAGUAAAUUACCUAUCUGAAAUAUAAAUAAGGAUGGAUGAAAUAUUAUCAAAUGUUGUAGUACGGAAUAAUGUGUGUUUGGAAAAUCUCCAACUCCGGGGCUUGUAUGUUGACACUCUGCUCUCCAAUGGUAUGAUAGGACCAAAGACCACUGUAUGUGGGGGCACAAGGUGUCGAUGUAUUCAAUUUAGCGUUUUAAAAUUCCUAUGUGAUUCCUAUUGUGCAAUCUCAUUGGAAGUAACGGAAAGGAAGAGGGGAUUAAAAAAAAAAUCUAGAUCUCUGCUCCGGGGUCCCCCGGCGCGUGCAAUCACAGCCCCCCUCAAGGGUGCUAUUUUGCAGGCACGUCCACUCGCUAUUGGUCAGUGGCUGGUCAGAUGGUACGGUUUCCCUCUGUCCCGCACUGGCACAUAGCCACCCAGAACACCCCCCCACCCACCCCCACCCCCAACUAAAACCCAAUCUCCGAUAAACUACUAAUAGCUAAACCACUUGGACUAUAAAACACAACAAAUCAUAAACCAAGCAAAAGAGCCAUACCCUCCCAAUGAGUUCCUAUUUUGUAAACUCAACUUUCCCAGUGACUCUGCCCGGAGGACAGGAGUCGUUCUUGGGACAGAUACCGUUAUAUUCCUCCGGAUACACAGACCCUUUACGACACUAUCCCGGUGCUGCUUAUGGAGGUCCCAGUGUCCAAGAGAAGGCGUACCCAUCCUCCUUUUACCAGCAAGCGAACGGUGCCUACGGCAGGGCAACCGCCGCCGGUCCCUGCGAUUAUGCGACAGCAAGCUUCUACAGGGAAAAGGACCCAGCCUGCGCCCUCGCCAGCAUAGAUGAACACUCCUUCGUUCUCAGUCAGGAUCAUCGCAAGCAAGACUGCACGGGGUCGACGGGGAAAAGCAUCUACCUUGAGGCCGACGAACAGAAGCCGUCAGCGCCGGUUUAUCCUUGGAUGCAACGGAUGAACUCGUGUAACGGGACUUUCGGAAACGCUGGCCGAAGGGGUCGACAGACGUACACUCGCUACCAGACGUUAGAAUUGGAAAAAGAGUUCCACUUUAACAGGUAUCUGACCCGAAGACGCCGCAUCGAGAUCGCGCACGCACUGUGCCUGACAGAACGUCAGAUAAAGAUUUGGUUCCAAAACCGGCGAAUGAAAUGGAAAAAGGAGAACAAAUUGAUCAACUGUUCACAAACCAGUGGCGAAGAGGAGGAGGAGAAGAGGACAGAAUGAAAUUUUGAACGAUAAAAUCCCCCCCCAAAAGAAAACUAUUGCAUAGAGGGCACCAGACACCACUCUGUAAUAACACAAAUGAAGACUGUCCAUCAUGUUAGCAACUGUAGCAUUCCUGUUAACUCAUAAUUGUAAUUUCUCUUGUGAAUUAUUUUACUUUUUUGUACAUGAUGUUUAAAACAUGCGGUUUGUGCGCUCUUACUCUGAAUUUAGAUUUGCUCUUAUAACUGAAAUGUCCAUGUUGAACGAAGCUAUUUGAAAUGUGUGUCAUAUUCGUGUUUAUAUUUAAGCUGUGUUAAAAUAAAAAAUAAAU